AUGGAUGAUGGGGACAAUCCCUACGAGGUGCUGGGCCUUCCGGAAGAAGCUACGGACGCCCAAAUCAAAAAGGCCUACCGCAAGUUGGCCUUGAAGAAUCACCCGGACAAACAAACGACGGACGAGGGUCGCCAACACGCCCAUGCCAAGUUUGCCAAGAUUUCCAAUGCCUACGAACUGUUGAGUGAUGCCAAGAAGAAACAAGAGUUCGACCAUCAGCGCAAGUACGGAACUGCGGCAGGAGCAAGAUCACGGGAGACUUCCAGUGCAAGUCGACACCGGAGCCGAGAUCACUUUGAAAAUAAUCAUUUCCACAAUCAUUUUCAACAUUUUCGAUUUCACGAUCCUUUUGAGAUUUUUGAACAAUUUGUGCGCCAAGAAACUGGAGGAAAUGGUGCUCAAGUUCCGAAUGGUAGCAGCAGCAGCAGUAGAAGUCCGUUCGACGAUCCCUUUUUUCAAAAUCCCAUGGGCAUGGGUGGAAUGGGCAUGGGCAUGGGAGGAAUGAUGGGAGGUGCAAGUCUGUUCAAUGAUCCCUUUUUUGGCAGUGGGAAUGGGGGUGUCCUCUUUGGGAGAUCAUCCAUGGGUGGUACUGCUGGACUUGGACAAGAUCCCUUUGCCAUGAUGCAGCAACAAACUAUGAUGCCAAUGAUGGGGGGAACAUCGUCCUUCACGACAUCCUCCACUAGUUUGGGAGGAGGACCAGGUAUGGUCUCUACAAGUACAUCCACGAGUACUCGCAUUGUCAAUGGUCGACGGCAAACAGUGACCGAGACUGUAAUACAAAAUCCUGAUGGAACGGUGCAACGGCAGGUUCAAACUUCUGGAGAUGAUCCAGCAGUGUUGGAGGAACCGACUAGACAACAACUGACCGGUGGCACACACGCUAGAGCAUCGAUUCCGCAGCUAGCCAUUGGGGAAGAGGGAACAAAAGCACCCAAACGCAAAAAGAAGCGGACAAAAGUAGUGAAGGACUAG